GCGCAUUCCCCAUCAUGUCGAAACAGUAACCACCCUUUUUGGGCCACCCUCCACGACACCACGGCUAUCUCAACACCUCUCGACCGACACCGGUGCAAUGAAUAGCCAUUUUUGCUACCGGUGUCACACCUAGCAUGCCACUUGUCGCUUGCUACGCUCACGAAGGCCACGACUCAGAACGCCCAGGACUGGACAUGCUGACUGAGGCUUUGGCACCCGCCACGACUGCCAAACCACCCAGACUUGCGCACAUUGCGCUCGCAGCUUCGCAAAUAUGCCGACCUCACUUCACCCGCAGGCCAAGUUUGACCCUAUACCGCCGGAUCUAGACCUUCACGCACUAGUUGACCGCACGCCGAACUUCAAAUGGGUACAAAGGGUAUCUCGGACCCAGAUCCGAAACCUCGGACAGCAGGAAUUCGAAAAGCUCGUUCAGAUUCACGUCAUAGCUGGCGGGAAACCACUCGUGAUCGAGGGGUGGGAUUCUGUGCUGCCCACUCGGCUGUUCAGCGCCGAGUGGCUCGAGAAGACCUAUGACAAGAAGCAGGAAAAUGUCCGCGACAUCCCUAGUUCUAGCGAUAUUCCCAUGACGAUGGGACACUACCUUAGGUCCAUGAAACAGCUCACGAAUCAAUGGAACCCACAUACCUUUCGCGACGAGCGGCGGCAGAGACUCUAUCUCAAAGACAUCGACUGCCCACCUGAGUGGCACGACGCCUUGCAAAAGGUCAUUCAGCCCAGCCUCUUCUACCUCAACGAGAACGUCACUACAGCAGGGGGAGCCGAGCUUCAAGGGGACGAUCUCUUCCGGGGCGAGAAAACCGCUGCUCCGGCUGGGGACCUCAUGUCGAGCCUUCCGGAGGAGAUGCGCGCACAGAAUCUCAUGUGCUACAUUGGCCACGAAGGCACAUACACCCCGGCACAUCGCGAGAUGUGUGCUUCACUCGGUCAGAAUAUUAUGGUUGAGGCGUCCAAAGAUGGUGCUGGCGAGAAAGCCGGCAGCUCGAUCUGGUUCAUGACGGAAAGCAAGGACCGCGAAGUCGUCCGGGAGUACUUUCUCUCGAUGCUGGGGCACGAUAUUGAGAUUGAGAAGCAUUUUGCGCAGGUCAAUGCGUGGAAGAAGGCUCCCUUCGAUGUCGCCGUCGUUGAGCAGCGUCCCGGAGAUUUCAUUCUCAUCCCUCCACUCGCGGCCCACCAGGUGUGGAACCGUGGAACAAGGACUAUGAAAGUUGCUUGGAAUCGUACAACCGCCGAAACCCUGGACAUGGCUCUACACGAGGCUCUACCCAAGGCCAGACUAGUCUGCCGGGAUGAGCAAUACAAAAACAAGGCUAUUAUCUACUUCACACUUGAGAAGUACUACCAAGAACUGCAAGACAUGGAGGAGAAGGCAGAGAUGGCUCAGCUGAGCUUCAUGGGCAUCGGCCACAACAUCGUCAAAAACUCGCCUCGCGCCAAACAUUUGGCCAGUGAUUUUAAGAAGCUCUUCUCUCUUUUCUCCGAAAUCCUCGUGGACGAGGUCUUUGCAACCAAGGAGAAAGAUGUUGAGUUUUUGCCGUUUGAUUCUUGCGUCACAUGCUCCUAUUGCAGGUCGAACAUCUUUAAUCGGUUUUUGACCUGCAAACACUGUGUGCGAACUUUGGCAAACGGCGACGAAGAUGCCUACGAUGUAUGCAUGGAAUGCUACGCCAUGGGCCGGUCCUGUGCGUGCCUUUCUGGAUUGCAAUGGUGCGAACAGUGGUCCUGGUCCCAAUUGGUCGACAGCUAUGAGAAUUGGCGGGCCAUGGUCAUCAUCAGCGAUGGCUAUAUUGACUUGCAGAACUCCCCGCCUCCUUUGGAGAUCGCUCGCCAGAAGUCAGGCAAGAAACCAGUUGCCCAAAUCUGCCAAGAGGCGUUGAGACGGCGUCCUUGGAAAGACAUUACCAAACCAGAGCGCGAAAAGACUCCGAGCGACUCUGAGCAAGGCGAUGACGACGACAAGUCUAAAAAGAAGCCGAAACGAAAGAAGAAGAAGGGUGAACUGCGUCGAUGCCACGUAUGCUGCCACAAAGACUACAGCUACAGAGUGCACCUAUGCACCAACCCCGCGUGCACCGAGGGCUACUGUUACGGUGUGCUCUAUAGAGCAUUCGAUAUGAUGCCGCAGAAGGUGCUCGAGGAUGAAUACUGGCAGUGUCCCAAAUGCCUAGGCAUCUGCAGCUGUGGCGGCUGCCGACGGUCUGGUAACACGAACGCGUAUACUCCAAAAAGCACACUCCUGGGUCAUGACACCCGUCCCAUUGCUGAUGACCGGAGCGUGGAAGCACUAGUCGAUUUUCGAGUUCACAACCUGUCCUGGCUGAAGGCGGUCGGAGAAGAGGGUAGGAGUAAGGACAGCCGCAGGAUGCAGCGCCUGAGAGAACAGGCAGAUAGUGCGAAGGCGCAGGACUUGACGCAUCAGGUCGAGGCUGGGCAAACAAUGCCGGGUGAGACUGAAGCGACAGGCCCGGUCAGCGUCACUUCCGCCACUGCUGCAGUCAACGGUUAUGGCGACCAAAGCGAAGUAUUUGGCACAGAAGGCUCCGCAUUGGGAGGCUAUGCUCAGGAUGCGGAGGGCAGUCAUAUCGACGGGAUGGCGACUGGUGUUAAUGAAGCCACGACAGUACCAGAAGCUUCUGACAUGGGUGACGCCGACGAAUCAUCCUACCCGGAUCCGUCUAUACUAGUCCGCCAACGCAUCGGAAUGGGCUACUACGAGCAGGAUGAUACACCGGACAAGAUCUUGUUCGAUCCUUACCAAGCGCCGUCCGAAGAUGCUAUGAGGAUGCGAGAUUCUGAGGUACCUGAGUUUGUGAAGAAAUCGAUUCGGGCGGCGAAGAGGAAGGCGAGGCGAGAGAAUGAGGAUCCCGACUUUGUCGUUGGGCGCAGUCACCAUUCCAAGAAGCCGCGUCUCGCUCAACAGGCAGAUAUCCUGGAGAGCAUGGACCCCGCUCUCUUCGACAGCCCGACUGCCCCAGUUGGCAACAGUCGCGAAGCCAUAGAAGACGAGGAUUCUCGCCCUGACCGACAAUCUGAGACACCGGCAACCCGGUCGGAUGAUGUGCCCCCACGACGACAGACGGCCCUUCGUUUUGACGCAAAUGAACCGGAGCUCCGGCACGCCAAACCUCGAGCAUCAUACGUGGAAGUUGAGGAUGCCGAACUUGACGAUGCAGAGGAGGGCUUGUUGAUAGCCCAAUCGCCACGAGCACCCGAGAAGCCUGCCGGCCCUACUAGAGGCAAUGCCAUUGACGCUGCCGCAGAUGACAUCCGGGGAAUCUUUGGCACACGACGGGCGUCUGCGGCGCACGAAACUUCAGCUUCAGCGGUGACACCAGGAACAGAUCCUAAGAGACGCGGGCGGCCACCGAAGAGACUGUCGGUAAUCGAAGCUACAGGCGACGAUGGAAAGACGACAAUAAGACUUUCGUCGCCCAUCGUUGAGACUCAUCACAGUCACAGUGGUAGGAGAAAGCGAGGACGGCCGCGGAGCCAGGCCACCAGCGUCGGCAAAGUGACUCGCAUCACCAACGACGACGAAGGUUCGGAGCGGCCGUCGAAGGGCAAUGAUAUAGAAGCGCAGCCGGCGGGGAAACGGCUGUUCCGAGCGGAUUCGGAAGCCGCACAUGAGCAAAUGCCUCCGCGGCGUGUGAGCAGACGGUCUGGCGUGACUACUAUUGCCGCGGCGAGCGCAGAGUUGGAGUCGGCCAACGGUCCACCCAUGGAAGCCUCUGAACCAUCGCCCUGCACUGUGCCCCCUUCCACGUCCAGCCGCGGCGCUGCAUCAAGGGGAAGGCCGCGAGGCCGUCCCAGACGUGCGGCAGCCGCAGCGCCCACACCAUCAUCACGCAGGGAGGGUUCACUCACCAGCAACCCCCAAUUCAUGUCCUUAGCUGAGCGUAUGGCUCUGAAGGGCAAAAAAUUCAAAAUUGGAAAGCGGAAGACCGGAGACGGCGAUGUGCCGGACAAGAAGGACGGCCUGCCCGCGGAAGAUGCUGAGAAUGGACAGCCACCCAGCGACAGGGAGACACCAGAGUCCGCUGCGAGCCAGCCGGGGGAUGAGCGUCCUGUCAGGGCGAUUGACUACGCUGAGGAACAGAUGGCCUCGCCGCGUGGUCCGCAGGCAUCAAGCGUCAGAAAGGGGACUCGACACAUCGACAACAGUCAACCUCCUAUUACACAGAGUGUUGUGCGUCUCGCGGACGUCGAGUCACAAGACAACUCCUGGGAGGGGUCAUCGUCCAGCUCUGCAAUCGGAUCAGGCGACGAGGAUGACAUCCCGUCUGGCCGACCUGAACCGUCCCCGGUGAUCAGGACGGCGCAUAGGGGGCGUGCGCGCGGACGGGGAGGCGCCAGGGGCCGAGGGAGAGGUCGAGGACGGGCCGUCGCAUGAAUGGCUGACAGGCAGUCACGAACUGAUUGAACGAACCGGGAAGAAUUGCCUUUACAUUUUGUUCCCUGAUGAAGCUGCACAAAAUGCAUGAUAGCUGGCAAUGUUCACAGGACUGCCCGGGUACUCAUGUUCCAGAUACCCAGGAGGGACUGGAGUGUACCAGUGUAGCAUACAUUAAUAAGGUACUUCUGCCGACCCAUG